UCUAAGAAAACUGAACAGCAUAAUCGUCUUUUCCUAGCUGUUGAUCAGUUUGGUUUUGAGAUCAUGCCUUGCACCGCCUGCGCUUCCCGGGGCCUGGUAUGCAAGAUAAUGGAUAAUACAAAGCGUUGUUCUCAGUACAUCCAUCAUGCUUGUUCUUGUAAUGGUUUUUCGCACAUUAUAGCGGAGGAUAAGAAGCUGGAAUCGAAGGAGCGGAAGGCAGAGGCAGAGUUAGAAGGGGCUCAUUGUCGAGCGUUAGAGGUUCUUAACGAAGCUUGCACGAAGAUCUCGGAAUCCGCUGCCCGUCUUGCUCGCCUGCACACCCAGCAUAGAUCUCUUGCCUCCCAGGAUGCUCAAAUAGUAAAUGCGAGCCUUAAAUCCCUUGAUAAGCUGGAUGAGCGGGAACGUUGUGAG